UGGUCCAUUUGAGUCCAGCUUGUCCCACGGGCUCCCAGAUCUUCCAGUGCCAACAACGCUCCGUUUCACCUCUUUUUUUGCCCCACUUUCAACAUGUUUUGAGUCGCUGACAGGAAACUUUUUCCACAUUGUUAAUCGUUUUCACAAAGACACCGAGUAGACUUUUUUUCUUUGUGUCUCCCUUGCAUCCCUUUCAUUUUAAAGGCGACUAGUGGGAUGUGAGAACACUUUGUGAAUCAGUGUGUGUUUUUCCAAGCCGUUAAGGAACUACUUUUUACCCCCUCCUCAAACAAAGAAGAAAUGGUGCCAAGAUUAUUGUGGAGCAUGUCUCUUGCUCUGCUUUUGUUUGGAUUAUUUUUGCUCACUUCGUCAUCUGCCAGAGCUGAACCGGAGCUCCAGGAUGAGGAGGAGGAAGAAGAGAGUUCUUGUCAAGGCGCUUUUGACCUCUAUUUUGUGCUUGAUAAGUCUGGCAGUGUGCAGAAUCACUGGGAUGAAAUCUACUUCUUUGUCGAACAUUUGGCUGAGAAAUUCAAAAGUCCCAUGCUUAGGAUGUCCUUCAUAACAUUCUCCUCAAGAGCAUCCACCAUCCUUAAACUUACCGAGAAAAGAGUGGACAUUAAAAAGGGGUUAAAUGCGCUUAAAAGAGAGACUCCAGGUGGAGACACAUUUAUGCACCUUGGACUACAGAGGGCAAAUGAGCAGAUAUACCAGGAGAACUUUGGCAAGGCUAGCGUGAUUAUAGCACUGACAGACGGAGAACUGCAGGAACAUCAACUUAUCACCGCACAGCAAGAGGCCGAGCGAGCCAGAUCUCUAGGAGCCAUUGUGUAUUGUGUUGGCGUUAAAGACUUCAAUGAGACUCAGCUGGCGACCAUCGCAGACACCAUCGAACAUGUGUUUCCUGUUUUGGGAGGCUUCCACGCCCUCCGGGGUGUUAUCGAUUCGAUCAUCAAGAAAUCUUGCAUUGAGAUCCUGGCAGCUGAGCCCUCCAGUGUGUGUGCUGGAGAGACUUUCCAAGUAGUGGUGAGGGGCAACGGGUUCCUUCAUGCCAGGAACAUCAACCAGGUGCUGUGCAGCUUUAAAAUCAACGACACCAUCACAAUCAACGUGAAGCCUGCAGGUGUAGAAAACACCUUCUUGCUGUGUCCAGCUCCUGUCAUCGAUGAAGUUGGGAAGGUGAUUUAUCUUCAAGUGAGCAUGAAUGACGGUCUGUCUUUCAUCAGCAGUAAUGUGCAUAUCACCACCACAGAGUGUUUUGAUGGCACCAUUCUUCUCAUCACCUUGCUGGUGUUGUUUCUCCUGCUGGCCCUGCUGCUCAUGUGGUGGUUCUGGCCUCUCUGCUGCACUGUGGUGAUCAAAGAACCUCCUCCUCCACCACCUCCUGAGCCUGAGUCAGAUGAUGAAGAUGGUCAGCCAAAGAAGAAGUGGCCCACUGUAGAUGCCUCAUAUUAUGGAGGAAGAGGAAUUGGAGGGAUCAAGAGGAUGGAGGUGCGUUGGGGUGGAAAGGGCUCCACCGAGGAGGGGGCAAAGCUGGAGAAGCCGAAAAAUGCGGUGGUGAAAAUGCCAGAACAGGAAUACGAACCCUUUGAGCCGAAACCCAAGAAAUCUCCCAAGAAGCCACCUCAGAACCGAAAGUGGUACACACCCAUCCGGGGUAAACUGGAUGCUAUCUGGGCGCUGUUUCGUCGCGGGUACGACCAGGUCUCUUUGAUGAGGCCCCAGCCCGGAGAUCAUGGUCGUUGCAUCAACUUCACAAGGGUGAAAGAGGGGGCCCAACCGGCCAGGUCAGCACCACGCACCCCAAUCCAUACGCCCUCACCGCCACCGCCCAACUACCGCCACGUCCCAGAGUCCCCCACCGCCUCCAGCCCUCCAUCCAGAGCACCGCCCGUGGUCCAGCUACCACCAGGACCCCCGCCAUCCCGCAUGCCCCCCGGGCUUCCCUGCCCACCGCCGUCGCGUCCACCGCCCAGCCUGCGACCAUGAAUGGCCCAGGUAACAUCCCCCACACCUUCCCCCAGCCCCCCCCCUCUCAUGGACCCACUUUGACUUCACUGACUGACCACUGUUGACCAGCUCCAUCAGUCUGAAGUCAGUCCUCCAGCCUCGGAUUCUUCUGCUAGUCGCCAAACAACACCAGCGUGCUCAAUUAUUCAUACAUUUCGCUUCAUUGUAUGGGAAAGACUGUCAAAUCAAACCACCAAGAAUCUUUCACAAAUUUUGCAGAAUGUUUUGCAUAGGAUUUGAUGAUUUGCCAAGCAGUUUAACUUGAUGUUCUAUCUCAUACAAAGUGAACGGGGCGAUGCAGAGAACCCUUUAAUGGGAUGAUUGUUGCAGGACAGCAAAACCUUUUGGGACCAAAGUCAACAGAAGCAAUAAAUACGAUUUAUUGGAUGUUUUUUUUUUUUAAUCAACUACUGAGUUAUGCCUUUGCCAUCGAGAAUAAAAGUGAAUAGGGUUUAGAAUCUGGGUAAUUUUUUCUUUUUUUCCAGAAUCCAUUGGGUUGAGUUCCAGAGAUGAUUAGCUAAAAUGUUGGUGCUAUUUUUUGUCAACAUGUUAUAUUUGUGUUAGGCAACAACAUGCUAAACCAGCCAUUUUUAAAUUCAGGAAAAGUCCUUUUAAAAGCCAUGCAUUUUUGUAAUAGGCGAUGACAGGGAAGUGUACAGAAGGAUUUUUUAAGGUGUGUUUUUACAUUAUAUUUUCAUUAUGUGUUUUUCUCUUUGAGGCUUUGGGUUUUGUCCUAAUAACGUGGUUUGAUUUACAACACAGCAAUAUGUAUUUUUUUGGGCUAUUUUUGUUAAGUUGUUUUAUAUCUGCGCACAUAGACUGCUGGAACACAGUACGCCGUUUUUGUAAGCAUAUAUGGAAUUGAAAACUCAUGAAUUCAAGCUGCCAUAAAUCAGGUUAACGACUCUCCUCAUGUUUUCUUGGUUUUUUUUUUUCUGACUCAGUCCUGAUUCUCUACUUUUGUAUUAUGUUUUUGUCUAGUUUUUGUUUUGUUUUUUAUCAGUGGUCACAUUGCAACUGCAGGGCAGUUCACAGAACAUCUAAUUUAUUUUCCGAGAGAAACAGAGGAGAGUACUUGAAUAAUUGACAAGGUGUCCAACCACCGACAGGAACACUCAGAGUGUCUACAACCAGCUUGCCAGUCAGACGAGGCCUACCAGCUUUUUACUUAAAACCUCUGCAUGUUCAAACAGAUCUUUAUCAUAUUUGAAUCAGGUGAAGUAUGCACUCGCAGGCCACAACAUUAAGUAUUAUUGGAGUUGACGUAUUGGAUCUCAUUAUGUUGUUGUACCUAAUGAAGUGUCCAGUGAGUGUAUUAUGGAAAUAUUUUGGCUGCAAGGAAUAAAAGAGGGGUUGGAAAAAAGUUGGUAUGCCUUUACUAUGCAGUACCUUAUGGAUUUUCCUUUUGUUCAUUUUUCUUUGUUUGUUUCUGUCGCUUUUCUUAUGUACUUAAUUCUGUUAUGCCAUGUAUCAGUGGUGUUACAAAAUACAUUAGAAAUCAAUCAAUCGUUGCUUUAAAUCUCUUUGCUGAAGCAAAUGUUAUGCCUUUUUCCUUGCUGUUUUCUCACCCCAAAUUACAUGAAUUUUAAUUAAAAUGCCUUAUUAAAGAGCUUAUAUCACUCUA